AUGGACGAGACGAUGCACGAUAAAAAGUACCAUCCGGUGUUAAAUCACCCCCCGCUGGGAACCGGAAACUUCGGCCAAGCUCGCCUCAUGUUCGAAACAAAAACAGGGAAAAAAGUGGCGAUUAAAUACAUACCGAGAGGGAAAAAGUUAGACGAGAACGUGGUGAGGGAAAUCCAUAACCACGCGAUAUUGAACCAUCCGAACAUCGUGCGUUUCAUCGAAGUUUUGUUAACGCCGACGGAUUUAGCCAUCGUGAUGGAAUACGCGAGCGGUGGGGAGUUGUUCGAUCGGGUGUUAACGAACGGUAGGAUGCAAGAAGACGAGGCGCGGUAUUUCUUUCAACAGUUAAUAUCCGGCGUGGAUUAUUGUCACAGCAAAGGCGUGGCGCACAGAGAUUUGAAAUUGGAAAACGCGUUGAUCGAUAACAGCCAUAAUAAUACUCCGAGGUUAAAGAUUUGCGAUUUUGGGUACUCGAAACACUCUCUGAUUGAUUCGGCGCCGAAAUCGGCAGUCGGGACGCCGGCGUAUAUCGCGCCCGAAGUUCUCAAACGACAAGGUCAAUACGAUGGGAGAGCCGCGGACGUGUGGUCGUGCGGUGUCACUCUGUACGUCAUGUUGUGCGGACGAUAUCCGUUCGAAGAUAAGACAGACCCGAAGAAUUUUCGAAAAACCGUGAAGAGGAUAUUAAACGGCGAGUACGGAUUCCCGUCGAAAGUCGCGUUGUCGGAAAAGUGCAGAGAACUGUUAGCCGGCAUAUUCCAGGUCGACGUCGCGAAACGGUUAACCAUGGAGGAUAUCAAAAAAGACGAAUGGUUCAACGUGAAUUUACCGAGCGAGUUGUUUGAAAACGAUGAUGUGAGUGCAUCCUUGCACGCUUCAAAAUUUGAACCCAUGGAUAGAGAGUUGCUGACGAGAAUCGUAGAGAAAGCGAGAGAGACCCCGUCAUCGGGUGGAGGUUCGUUCGGGAGUAACAAUUACGAGGCACGAAAAGACGGCGGCGACGAGGAAAACGAGGAAAAUAGACAACCACCAUUACCAGCAGCAGCGGCGGCAGAUAAUAAUAAUAGAAUGAGCAAAGCGAUGAGCGUGGACGAGUACAUGGAAAUGGAGGAAGAUUUCCAUUGA